AUGGGUUCUUCAGCCAGCAAGAGCAUCGAAUCAAGCUCGUCCAGCAGUGUCCCACGCUACUCCUCCAAAAUCUGCCAACUCUACCUCACCAGCGCAAGCCCAGGCUCCAACACCGCACACUGGAGACUCUUCCUUGACGAUGGCACAAACCAGCUGACUGGUACAACAUGGGAAGUAAACUACAUAAACGAGCGACCAAACCGCGGCGCGUUACUUCUUGACCAAACCUUCCCAAGAAGCGCUUCGCACCAGAACGUCUUCGAAUGCAACCGGGAGAGUUUUGUCAAGAUCGGUGAUUUGAUGGACAAGGGAUCAGACGCCACAAUAAUCCACGGCGCACAAUCUUCGUUCAGAAAGAUUGAAGCGGCAAAAGAGAGGGUUCUACGAGAGUUCACAUACAAAGUGGCCACUACCAACUGCCAAAGUUUCGUCAUUGACGUCUUGAGCAUGCUCCGGCAAUGGGAUCCAUACCUCGUUGAUAAGAGAGCCAUCGAAACCGUUCAGCGCUUGUGCUUCCCCACGACAGAAGAAAAUUCAGUGCCAGGAUGCGAAGCAUGGUCAGGCGCAACGACCAAAUUUUACCUCGAGCUGUGGAGCUUUUUCUGGUAUCGAUAUCGAUGCGCCGAGGAAACAUCACGACGCGCAAGGAAGAGCUGUACAGCGGAAUGCGAUGUCAGAGAUGGUGCCGUAUUCGAGAUGGGAGGCCAGGCCGCAACGGGCUUCUCAGGCAGUGGUGUCGGAGGAUAG